UGCAUGCGUGAUGGUUGUUUGUGGACGUUGUGUUGUGCUCGUCGAGAUUCGUUACGAUGAUGGGUAAACCGGGCAAACGGCGUAUCCUGUGGCCGCUGCAUCUACGUGCAUGCAGCGAAGAUCCCUGCGUUACGAUGUGUGUGUGUGACCGUCAAAAGGGGGAACGGCGCGAAGACGAACUGCUCUGAGCAGCUUACCGAUGCGCCGUCGCCAUAUUGGCGUGGACGUCAAAAAAAUGAGGCUCUGAGCCGAUCGGUUGUUGUUCCGUCGGAUCACUUCACGCAAACGCGGAGAGAUGGAGGAAACAAAAAUACUGUAUCACAUCGACGACGAAGACACCCCGUACCUGGUCAAGGUGCUUGUUCCUCCAGAUCGCGUCACGCUAGCAGACUUUAAAAAUGUUCUCAAUAGGCCAAAUUACAAAUUUUUCUUCCGAUCCAUGGACGAUGACUUCGGAGUUGUGAAGGAGGAAAUCGUGGAGGAUGACUCCAAGCUUCCCUGCUUCAAUGGCCGGGUGGUUUCCUGGCUUGUCACGGCCGAAGGCAGCAAUGUCUCGGACAACGCGUCGCAGUGCACUGAGACGCCCUCGCAGCGCCUGGAGACGCGGCUUGCUCCGGAACGUUCUGGGGAUGGACGGCCCCCCUCCUUCCACCCCAAUCUUUUUGACUGUAGGGACGGGGACACCACCUUCACGGAGUCCGAGUCGAUGGUCAGCUCUAGGAAAGAUCAUCGUCACGGACACAGAGCAGGCCGCCACAAGGAGAAACACUACCACGAUGGCCAUGGGAGGUCCAACGGUCACGCGAAAGGGGCCCAUGGCGUGAGACAGUACGAGACUCCCUCGGUCCUCACGACCAGCGACAUUGAAACCACGAGCUUCCUGGAUUCGGAGGACGAGACUACGAGCCGCAUCUCGACGACGACGGAAGAGAGCAGUGUGUCUCGAAUCUACGCUCGCCACAGGCGCCGACGGCGGAAAAAGAUGCCACCUAUGAGCAGGACAUCGUCAAUCAGCAGCAUCACUGACAGCACCCUCUCUCUCAACAUCAUCACAGUCACCUUAAACUUGGACACGGUGAACUUCCUUGGCAUCAGCAUUGUGGGCCAGUCAAACAAAGGAGGAGACGGGGGCAUCUACGUUGGUUCCAUCAUGAAGGGGGGUGCGGUGGCCCUGGACGGCCGCAUCGAGCCCGGAGACAUGAUUCUGCAGGUGAACGACAUCAACUUUGAGAACAUGAGCAACGACGACGCAGUUCGUGUUCUCAGGGAGACCGUCCAGAAGCCUGGCCCCAUCAAGCUGGUGGUGGCCAAGUGCUGGGACCCGAACCCGAAGGGGUACUUCACUAUCCCGCGGACGGAGCCCGUGCGCCCCAUCGACCCCGGGGCGUGGGUGGCCCAUACGGAGGCGGCCCGGGGGGCAGGGGGGCCCCCGGGACCCCCCUCCGCACUGGCCCACUCGCGCCUCAGCCUGGGGCAGCCCCCGUCGCUCGUGCUCCGGGGCAACUCCCUGAUGCCCUUCCAGGGCGCCCCGGUGCUGCCCGGGGAGCUGAGGCCCCCCUCGGUGUCCACCCUCACUUCCACCUCGUCGUCGGUCACCUCGUCCGUGCCGGAGUCCGAGAGGCAGUUCCAGGACAAUAUGCUGACCAUAGAGACGGACAUGGAGACCAUUGUCAAGGCCAUGGCCGCUCCUGAUUCCGGCCUGGACGUGCGGGACCGCAUGUGGCUCAAGAUCACCAUCCCCAAGGCCUUCAUUGGUGUGGACGUGGUGGACUGGCUGGCGAGCCACGUGCAGGGCUUCCAGGAUCGCAAGGAGGCCAAAAAGUUUGCCAACCUGCUGCUCAAGGCGGGCCUCAUCCGCCACACGGUCAACAAGCUCUCCUUCUCGGAGCAGUGCUACUACGUCUUCGGGGACCUCUGCUCAGAACUGUGUGCCUUGCGUCUGGGGGCCGAGAGCGAGGCGGACAGGGACACCCUGGGGCCCCUACCGGCCCCCGGGGGGACGUCCUCGUGCGGCCUGGGCCCGCCCUGGGGGCCCUUCUCGGCGGGGGCGUCUGGCUACCUGGGGCCGGGUGCCUUCCUGCCCCUGGGCUAUCCGCCCCCGUCCUCCUCCGUGGCCAACCACAGCGAGGCCGCCCUCGCCUCCUACGUCAACUACGCCCGCGAAGGCAGCGCCCACAGCGGCUCUGGAGGCAGUGGCGGUUGCGGCACCACCACCAAGGACCACGGGGGCGGCAACAACAGCGACUCUGAAGGGGCCAGCCAGCGCAGCGGCCUUUGCGGGGCCGCGGCGGGGGGCGACAACAGCAGCAACAGCGACCACAGCACCCGCACGAGCCGGUCGCGCGAGCCCCAGGCGCCCCAGGCGGUCUCGCAGCCACCGCCCGGCGGGGGACUCGAGUCGAUGCCGCACGACCUGACCGUGGAGGACGACGGCUUGGAAUAUCACUAUUCGGACAAGGGUUUGGUCUAGGGCGAAAACAAAACACGCCGCCGCCGGGGGCACUGCGGUAACGUUUGCACCCUGCCGCGUGCUGCUGCCCUCCUUGCACGGUCCCACUAAAAGCGCGCCUCCCCUUUCCCCACCCUCCCCAAACCGUUUCCGUCCGUCGCGACUAUUGCGACCAGCAGCGAGCACGUCAAGUGAAGACUCGAGGAUGGCAGAAAGCGCGGCGCGACGGCUCACCCAGCUCUCGCUUCCGUCGGAGUUGCAACUGUGGGUGUUUGUCGUCCCUGUCGAGACACGGCCCCGUGGCGUCAUUUUCUUUUUUUUUUUUAUACCCCCUCGCUCGAAGCUGCGAGGGCCUGCCUAGUGCAGCGUCAGUUUCUUGUUUUAUUCUUCCUCUUUGAAAAGAAAAAGAGCAGAAAGAGGGAAACGUGAAGUUAAGGUUGCUUUGUUUGGUGCUGGGGUCAACUGACCAAGUGGGGUUCAGAUUGGAUUUUAGCUGGGAGUCUGUACUUGACGUGGUACGCAGCGACUGUGCAAUCUGUCUGUUGUUGCGACUGGAGCCCUUUUUUCUUUCUUUUUCUUUUGCCACAAUAGAAUUUAGGGAAUGUUUCCGAAGCAGCUACACACAGAGCAUGCGUGUCCUUCUGGCUGCUUUUCAUGGUUUGUGAGAUCAUGAGGUAGUUGGUAACGGUUCAGUUGGAGUAAAACAACACAGAUGAGAAAGGCGAAAUAGAAUUGAGUGGAACGAGGCUUUCACGCACAGUUUCUUUGAUUGUACCGAGCUAAUGCAGACACAAAAGUCGGUGCUGUCUUUGCUAGUCCCUACACUUGGCCUGUUUUGUCUUUGGGCUGUUUUGCCCCGGGUGACCCGUGCAAAGUCCUAUGUCUUGGGCAUGCUAAUCGGUUUACUGCCAUCACUCAACCUACACUUGUGAGGCUAGAUAUAUUUGCACAUUCUGCUGGUUUGCUUAAUUUUUAGUUUGCUUUUUUGUCCUUGGGCACGAAGCAAAGAUUGCCAGACUGAAUGGUGAGCUAUUAUAGGAAAGAAUCUUUAGGAUGCACCAGUCCCCUCGGUUGCCAAAAGAGUCCAAAGGUGCAAACACGCCAAGUAAUAGCUUGCAGUAGAACCUUACAUCGCACGUUCGGUAUGUAGUCUGCUUCAGUGGCGUUUUCUGAAUUCCGUAUGACGUGAAAGCAUUAAUUGACACGUGGGUGGUAUCAAUCAUUCGUCUCAUGUUAGUCAUGAUAAAAAUUCCUCGUCGCCUUGUCCCAGACUCGGCUACCGUAUGUCUCCCUUCAUUCCUGUCUUCACUAAAUUCUGUGUGUUUGGGGCUUCAAAUACAGAACAAAGCAGAUGCAGAUGAAGGAGUGUCACGUUUGCAGGGUGUGGAAAAGCCCCAGCUUUUUAGCGUAGUAAACUCGCCUUGGAGGAGGCUUUCUUAGAGAUUAGGCGUGCUGACGAUUUUUAGAUUUUGUUGUUUAUUCUUACUUGUUGAGCAGUGAGCAUUGUUUUUAGCUUAGUGAAAUGAGUGGCACUGCCUGUUUUUGCAAAUAUACCUUUCUUGCUUUUCUUUUUGUAAUACUGAUGUCCUUUUGACAGUUUGUAUUGUUUUCUAUGAAGAAAGUUCCUGGUCUCCUGAAGUGUCUGUAAAAGCCCUACAUACUAAUUUUGCUAUUUAAAAAUGUGAGCUGCAGUAUGGAAGAGGAAAUAUUUUUUACUUGUGCAUGCAUGGUCUACAGGAAUGGAUAAAAUGCAAUUGCAAUAUGUUCCAUUGUCUCAUUUCUGUAUAUUCUUGUUUGGACACUACUAUCCUUGCUGUUACUGCACAGCUCUUGCAGACUUUUCUGGGAUGGUUGAGAAUUUGGCAUUUUCUCUUCGAAAUACGUAUUCACAUGCAUUUGUUUUCUCGCGAUACGGUCAUAUACCGCUCAGAACUUGCAAUACCUCAACUAGCAAUUUGUGUGAUUAUGCUUAUAGAGGAGCAUCAUAUGGGGCUUUGUAGUGAGAGUGUGUCAUGUAGCCUGAGCAAAGCUUCUUCUUAAAAUUUGCAACCCUUUCUAGGAGUCUUAUCAUCCAAGAUGCUUUGGGUGGUAGAGAGCAAGGGAUUCUUGCAAUUUGGCAGCCAUUCAUAUUGGAACCGAGCUCGGGUAGCCUAGGGCUGUGGGUCUUAUUUCUACAAAGGAGAAACAAAGUGCAGAAGUGUUUGCCAUAUGCACAUUCACCUGUCGGAGCCCACAAGUGCUGAAAUUUGAUGUUUUGGUGCCAUCUAAGAAGCAAAGUCGGAUCCCCGCGUUACAGCUAUCGAUCAUUUGAUGUGCAGGCAAUUCUCUUGGAAUUUAAGAUGUUUCGUUGCAGCCAUAAGAGUUAAGGCAAGUCACCAAGAUACUUGGAAGUGUGGUUGGUUCAACUCUUAGUAUGCCUGGAAAUGCAGAGAACAAAUGUGUUGUUUUUUUGUCUUUUUUUGCAGCAUCUAUUGUGUGAUUUAACGAACAAAGUAUUUAUUGGACAGAUGGAAAAAAAUAUGCUUUGUACCAAUACCACAUGUUUCCUAUUUUCUUAAGCUAUGAUUGAAAUCAAAGGCAGCUGAACAGGGUAAUCUAACUUGCAGCUGUUUUGAUAUUGAAGCUCGAAUGAACAGGAAUGGCAACUCUCGUCUAACUUGUCUGCUUCUUCUUUGUCGCGUCGAGAGCUCUUGGACAGAAACAUAUCAGAGCUCGACUCACUCGCUUGGAAGGUAGUUUUUGCAUUUUCCCUUCUCCCGUCUGUACUUAUGCAUGUUUCUGAAAUGCAGAGAGGACCGAGUUGGCACUACACCCUUGGCAUUCUUUCUGUAAUGCUCUUUUCUGUGUCGAAUGGUUGUUUUUGAUACGGCAGUGCUCUCUUCCUGUGGGGGGGAGGCACGAUCACGAAUAGAACGUCGAGCUUUUGCUGUUGUGCGGGAGAGAUGUCAGAGUUUGUGAAAAGUGGGUUUGUCAAUAUUGUAAGCAGUUUUGUCCUGAAAAUAUUCCUCUUUUUUUUUUUUUCAUUACAAAAGGUGGUUAUAUCAUGUCUGUCGGCAAUUAAAGAAUUUUCAAGACGUA